AAAUGAAAUUUAGCGACCAUCUCAUAUUUAAUAGAGAUGCCAGUUAGCAAGUUUAGGUCGAGGUACUACAAUAAAUGCAAUUGCCGAGAAAGUCAGAAUAUGUAAUCAAGUCUCAAAAGUUAAGAACAAGUAUCUAUUAGUCUCGUGCUGUACUACAAGCAUAUGCUUCAUGAGUUUGGCCAGAAACAUUAAAGCUGCACUCUCUUUUCCAUUGCCUCUGCGAAGAAACUCUACUCCACCAUGUAGUAGUGACUUGAGAACUCGCUUUCAUGGAAAUGGUGCCAAAUUAGGUCUCAAGUAACAUAGGUCGUCCACAAUAUUCUUCAAUGGCACGUUUAGCAUUCUUCUGAAACCUGCGACAGGCUCUCCACUUUUCCUUCAACUAAAUGCAAAUGGGGUCUUAAAAUCAACGUGUAAUCAUCCCGGAACGAAUUAUUAGCUCAAUAUUACUUCAAAUGACUUGAACUAAAUGCGUUGGCAUAAAAAGUUCGACUGUCAGUAUUACAAGAGAAAUAUUAAAAGCAACCAUGCCUAUAACUAGGGAAUCAUUUAAACAUAAAUUGAUCGCUUGUGGACUCAGCAAACUGCAUCAAAAUGCCACUCUCACUUCCUUGAAUGGAAUUGGUCGGUUUUGCGCCAUUAUUGUAAUGUCAGGCGCAGACCUAUCCUCAAAAAGUAACUUCCACUAUGACCUGUGAAGCCAAGUAUAAAAUGUGUCACCCGAUGCCAUUCUGCAAUAUCUUCUGCUUCUUGGUUCUGGUAUGAUCCCUUGCAAUUUGUAAUAUUUAGUGCUCAAAGUGGUCACGUAAUCUGCAGCUUAACUCUGUUUCUCCUUCCAGAAACGAGGGUGCCUUGCUUCCUUGUACCCCUGCUAUGCCUAACCCACGAUAGUGACCUAGUCUAAAAAAAUCUCUGUUCAAUUCCUUGAAUGUCACAACAAAGUCUCAGCUCAUUUUGCAUGCCUAGCGAGAUAGGACUUGCUUUGUGCUAUAAAUAGCCACCCCCUCUGUUACACACCUUAGCUAGAACGCCCUUAACCAAACAUGAAAUACUUCCAUUUUCUCCCUGGGUUUUUCUUCAUUUUCACAUGCUUGUGCUUUCUCCCAACUCAAGGUAGACUUCAGAGUAACAGUAUAUCAUUAACGCCUUCUGCUGCACCUGAGGCUCUUAGCCCAAGUUACGAUGGCCAUGGGCCUCCCGUUUAUGAUGUAAGAUUCUUUGGUGCUGUUGGAGAUGGCAUCUCUGAUGACACACAAGCAUUUAAGUUGGCUUGGGACACAGCAUGCCAGGCUAAAGAAUCAGGAACCCUCCUUGUUCCGGAUGGUUAUAUCUUCAUGAUACAGUCUACUAUAUUCACAGGGCCUUGUAAAACUGCUAUAACAUUUCAGAUUGAGGGAACUGUGGUGGCACCGGAUGGGCCUGAUUCAUGGCCCAGUUAUAGCAGCAAGAGACAAUGGCUGGUUUUCUACAGAAUCAAUGGAUUCUCAAUGCAGGGCGCUGGCGUUAUUGAUGGCAGAGGAGAGCAAUGGUGGGAUCUCCCUUGUAAGCCUCACCAUCACAAAGGAAAAAGUGGAACAAAAGAUCACGGUCCAUGUGAUAGCCCAGUUGCCAUCAGAUUCUUCAUGAGCACCAAUUUAACAGUGCAGGGAGUUAAAGUCAUGAACAGCCCUCAAUUCCAUUUUAGGUUUGAUGGCUGCCAAGACGUCCAUGUGGAAAAGCUUGUCAUAAAAUCCCCUGCUUCAAGUCCGAACACAGAUGGAAUUCACAUUGAGAAGACAAAUAAUGUCCAAAUUUAUAAUUCACUUAUCUCCAAUGGUGAUGACUGUGUGUCAAUUGGAGCUGGUUGUUACAAUGUGGACAUAAAGAAUAUAACGUGCGGUCCAAGUCAUGGGAUUAGCAUUGGUAGCCUUGGAAAUCACAAUUCCAGAGCUUGUGUGUCCAACGUAAAGGUGACAGAAUCAGUGAUAAAGCACUCAGAUAAUGGGGUUCGGAUAAAGACAUGGCAGGGUGGAGCAGGAACAGUGUCCAACGUAACGUUCAGUAACAUUUACAUGGACACUGUUCGAAAUCCAAUCAUCAUAGACCAAUACUACUGUCUCUCCAAGGACUGUAUCAACCAGACAUCUGCUGUUUUGGUUUCCAAUGUUUCCUACUUGAACAUCAAAGGUACUUAUGAUGUGAGGAGCCCUCCGAUGCGUUUCGCCUGCAGCGAUUCUGUUCCAUGCACAAACCUCACCCUAUCAGAAGUAGAGCUUCUUCCUGCACAAGGCCAUUUUCUGGCCAACCCAUUUUGCUGGAAUGCCUAUGGAACUAUGCAGACACUUACUGUCCCACCAGUUCUAUGUCUUUUAGAGGGAAAUCCACUCACUUUACCUCAAGUUGAUGCUGUAGGGUGUUAGACAGGAAUGGUUAAUUAAAUGUUGUUAUAACGCUGUAUUAAGGAAAAAAUGAGCCCUAGGAGGGGAAAAAUACAUCUGUAUGUAGCAAUAGCAGAACAAGAUGAGUAUAUCAAAUGAAAUCUACGAAACAGAAUUAAGUAGUAAAAAGAAAAAGGCCUUCUUGUCCAGCUUACCAAUUCAUCUUAAUUUCAGUGCUGCACUGUUACUAAAGUGCU